AUGCUAAUUAAAGUGAAGACGAUGACUGGAAAGGAAAUUGAGAUCAACAUUGAACCCACAGACAAGGUGGAGCGAAUCAAGGAGUGUGUGGAAGAGAAAGAGGGCAUCCCCCCACAACAGCAGAGGCUCAUCUACAGUGGCAAACUAAUGAAUGAUGAGAAGACAGCAGCUGAUUACAAGAUCCUAGGUGGUUCAAUCCUCCACCUGGUGUUGGCUAUUAGAGGAGGAAAUGGUCUUGGGCAAUGA